AUGAUUAGCAAGUUAAUACCGUCGGAUACAAGCCGUACGCUUUUGGCACAAAAACAUCCAGGCUUUCAAUGGAGCAAUCCAAAUGGUGCUGAAAACUCCGAAAGCUUUCAAAAGCAACAGAUUCAAGGUCCCUUACCAAGCAAUACACAGAAAAAUCCAAAGGAGCACCUUAAAGCCAUCGCUUUACGGUUAGAUAAGAACCUUGAUGAAACUUACAAGGACACCCAAGAAAAGAAUCAAUCAUCACAACAGGUAGACAAAGGUAAGAAUGCAGAAACACCCUCUGAACAAUCAGAAGAAAAAGAAAAGAAAAUGGAAGAGGAAAAUAUUCUCCCUGUGAAAAUUCCUUUUCCCCAAAAAAUGAAGAGACAAAAGCUUGAUAGUCAAUUUGCCAAGUUUUUGGAUAUUUUAAAACAAAUUCACAUUAAUAUUCCUUUUACUGAUGCUUUAUUACAAAUGCCUUCAUAUGCCAAGUUUCUCAAAGAAAUUUUGUCAAGCAAAAGAAAACUGGAAGAAGCUUCUGUGGUAGUACUUACUGAAAAAUAUAGUGCUAUACUUCAAAACAAACUACCACAAAAGCUAGGGGAUCCAGGUAGUUUUACAAUUCCAUGCACUUUGGGAGGAGUAUAUUUUGAAAAAGCACUUUGUGACUCUGGGGCUUCAAUAAAUCUAAUGUCGUUUUCUAUUUUUAGAAAAUUUGAUCCUGGUGAAAUAAAAAACAUAAGUGUUUCUCUUCAGUUUGCAGAUCAAAGUACUAAAAAAACAAAGGGAAUAAUUGAAAAUAUUCUUGUAAGAGUUGAUAAGUUCGUUUUCCCUGUGGAUUUUAUAAUACUUGAAAUGCAGCAAUGUCCUAAUGAACCGAUAAUUUUGGGUAGACCAUUUCUUGCUACAGGAAGAACAAUCAUAGAUGUCCAUCAAGGACAAUUAAUUUUAAGAGUAGAUGAAGAAAGAGUCAUUUUUGAUAGGCAAAAAAUGCUAAGAUUUUCAGGAGAGGAGACAUCAUCCCUAUGUUUUUCAAUUGACGUGAUUAGUGAUCUUGCAGAUGAAUUCAAAGAUGAUAAAUUGAUUCUAGAUUCUAUGGAAAUAUGCUUGUCCAAAUCUAGCACCUCACAAGAUGAUGAUCCCUCCAUCAGGAGCAAAGCUGAAAUAUUGGAAAAACAUUAUAAGGAUGAGGAGAUACAAUCGGAAGAAGUUCAACCAAAAAUUGAACUCAAAAUUCUUCCUUCUCAUUUGAAAUAUGUUUAUCUUGAGCAUAAAUUAUUUCCACUAAUUAGUUCAUCUUCUCUAUAUGCUGAACAGGAAGACAGUUUAAUUGAAGUACUACGAGCACACAGAGAGCCUUGA